AUGGAUUACAAUAAGAGAUCCUCAGUCUCGACAGUCCCCAACGCGGCCCCCAUAAGAGUAGGAUUCAUUGGUCUUUCCUCCUUCAAAGGCUGGGCAGUAAAGACACAUUAUCCAGCAAUCCUACAACUAUCUUCUCAAUUUCAAAUCACUGCACUCUACAACCCAGACAUAGAGUCCGCUUUAAACACUAUUCAACAUUUGAAAUUAAGUAACGCCACAGCAUUCCCCUCUUUGGAAUCAUUCGCAUCAUCUGCAGACGUCGAUAUGAUCGUGUUGAGUAUUCAAGUCGCACAGAAUUAUGAUGUAUUGAUACCAUUACUGGAAUAUUCCAAGAAGAACCCAAAUUUAAAAUAUUUAUUUGUGGAAUGGGCAUUGGCAUGUUCCGUUCAACAGGCAGAAACAAUUUAUAAAGCUGCUGCUCAAAGAGGUUUACAAACAAUCAUUUCUUUACAAGGUAGGAAAUCUCCAUAUAUAUUACGUGCGAAGGAAUUAAUUUCAGAAGGUUACAUAGGAGAUAUUAAUUCUAUCGAAAUUGCUGGCAAUGGUGGCUGGUAUGGUUAUGAAAGACCACAGAAAUCGCCUUCUUACAUUUUUGAAUUGGGGAAAGGUGUCGACUUGGUGACAACUGCAUUCGGUCAUACGAUAGAUUUAUUACAAUACAUGACGGGAUCAUAUUUCUCAAGAAUUAAUUCCAUGAUCUUUAAUAAUAUACCAGAACAAGAAGUAAUUGAUGAACAUGGUGUAAGGACAGGUCAAAAAGUACCCAAGACUGUCCCUGAUCAUCUUUUAUUCCAAGGAACUUUAUUGAAGGGUAAUGUCCCAGUUUCAUGUAGUUUUAAAGGUGGUAAACCAACAAAAAAAUUUACCAAAAAUUUAGUUAUUGACAUUCAUGGAACAAAGGGGGAUUUAAAGUUAGAAGGUGAUGCAGGUUUUGCAGAAAUAUCAAAUCUAGUGUUGUAUUAUAGCGGUGUAAGAGCAAAUGAUUAUCCAGUCGCUAAUGGACAAGCAGGAUAUGAUGCAGGGAAAGAAAUAAUGGAAGUUUAUCAUCUAAGGAAUUAUAAUGCGGUAAAUGGUAAUAUCUUUCGACUGUAUCAAUCCAUUGCAGAUUUCCACUAUAAUACUAAGCAAAUUCCAAAUCUUCCAUCACAAUUUAUAAUGCAAGGUUUUGAAUUUGAAGGGUUCCCAACGUUAAUGGAUGCUCUAAUUCUACACAGGUUGGUGGAUAAUGUCUAUAGAAGUAAUAUAUUGGGGUCUACAUUAGAUGUCACAAAUAUCUGCCACUAUCCAUGA